CGUCUGCAAGGUCAGUAGCAGGUCCACAGCGAACGGCGCCAGUCGGCUGUAGUUCGAGGCAGGAAGCGGGCGGAACCGAGAUGCGCAUCCUUGAGCCCCUGGUGCUGGCGUGCGCCCUCGCCAGCGCCCACGCAGCUAGCCUGCUCGCCAUCUUGCCUGUACCCGGGCGUAGCCACUGGAUGCUGGAGCGGCGCUACCUGGAACAGCUGGCAGCCAGGGGGCACCGGGUCACCGUCAUCACGCCUUACAAGAGCGACAGCGCGCCGAGCAACUGGCGGGAGGUCAUUGUCCCAGAAGUGAAGCACCUCCUGGGAGGUUCUGUCAACUUGUUCGACUUUUCCUUGAGGAGUCCCGUGAUUGGACUGUUUUUCCUAUUCCAAUAUGGAAUAAACGCCUGUGACACUCUGCUCAAAGAAGAAAGUGUACAGCAGCUUUACAAGUCCGAAGAGAAAUUUGACGCAGUCAUCGUCGAGAGCUUCUUCCAAGAGUGCUUCCUGGCGUUUGCGCAUAAGUUCAAAGGGCACCUGAUCCACGUGGCCCCGUACGAGGGGACCCACUGGAUCGGUGACACGGUGGGAAACCCUAACCCAUUUGCCUACGUCCCCGAUCCGUUCCUCAGGUACACCGACCACAUGGACUUUUGUGAGAGACUCUACAAUUCUUUGUUCGGGACUUACCAGAGGAUAAUACGGCAGGUUUACUUCCUGCCACGGCUGGACGCCAUAGUUCAGAAACACUUCAACGACGUGACGAUUCCGAGCGUGGCCACAAUCGAGAGGGAAGCGGCACUGCUCUUGGUCCACACGCACGUCACCGUAGGCCAUCCGAGGCCCGCUGUGCCAAACCGGAUAGCCGUCGGUGGAAUGCACAUAUCCCCGCCGAAAAAACUUCCACAGGAUUUGCAGAAAUAUUUAGAUGAAGCAAAAGAAGGAGUAAUAUACUUCAGCUUAGGUUCCAAUCUCAACAGCACUGAUAUGCCAAGUGAGAAAAGAGCAGCCUUUAUAACAGUGUUUUCAAGACUGAAGCAACGUGUGCUUUGGAAGUGGGAAGCUGACAGUCUUCCUAACCAGCCACCAAAUGUGAUGGUUAGAAAGUGGUUACCACAAUCAGAUAUUCUUGCUCACAGAAAUAUAAAAUUGUUCAUUACACAUGGUGGACUCCUUAGUACCCUAGAAGCAGUCGAUCGCGGUGUUCCUUUACUUGCAAUUCCAGUUUAUGGUGACCAGAUGCUUAAUGCAAUUCGUGCAGAAAAAGCUGGAUAUGCUAAGAAAAUUGAAUUUCCAUCUCUGUCCACAGAAUCAUUAUGGGCUGCUGUUUCAGAAAUGCUAACAAAUUCAAGUUACAGAGACAGGGCACAGAAGCUGUCACGCCUCUUUCAUGACCGGCCGAGGCCAGCUCUGGAGGAAGCCAUCUACUGGACCGAGUACGUCAUCAGGCACAAUGGUGCACGCCACUUGAGAUCUGCAGCCAUGGAUCUCACCUGGUAUCAGUAUUUACUUUUAGAUGUCAUAGCCAUGCUACUGGCUGUGGGAUUUGUAGCCCUUCUUACAGCUGUCUUCAUUAUUAGGGCAGUUGUAAGGCUAUUUGCUGGGAGAAAGACUAAUGGUGGACAGAAGAAGAAACGGGGUAAGAAAGAUUGAAACACUACACAGCUGCUUUAACAGGCAGCAUGUUGGAAUCUGUCAUCACAUUACUGUACAACUGUAUUUGAUUUGCAUACACACAGCCAUAUAUCCUGAAAUAUCAUGUGGACAUUAUUACUGAUGAAAACAUAAAUGUGAUAUUUGAAAAGUGAUAUUCAGCAACUAGUGCAGUUCUGUUUAUGUUUGAAACCUCAGUCAGCUUCUGUGAUAUGUAUAAGGUUAACUUAACGAGGCAUGCAUAUAUACGUCUUAAGUAAUGCAGUGAGUUACAGUGGACAAUGUCAGGACAUUAUUCUCAUGCCUUAAGUCUAAGUUGUUUAAAUAUUAUGUACUACUGUGAUGAAUUUGAACCUGUCAGAUAUAACCUUAUCAUUUUUUUUAAUUCACUGCAGUACCUGCACUGCAAACAGUAAAUUUAUUAUAGAAAUUCUAACUGCAACUUAUAUGAUAUCAUAAGACAGAUUGAUGUGUGUCUGAAUUUCAUUCAGUCAGGUACCAAUCUAAGAAAAUUUACUCUGUUACUCACUGAAAUAAAAUAAAAUUAUUAAUAUAAAAUACUCCUUAAGUACCAAUCAGUAUCCAAAUGUCUCACAAUUGCCAAUGCCUUAAAAAUAGUAGUCAGUUAACUAGGUUCAAAUUCUUGCAACAUUCUGAUCUUAUCACAGUUACAAAAUGCCAUUUUUGUGAAGAAGACAUAACAAAGAGCUAGAGUAUGAUUUUACAGACCCCAAUGCAAGAUUAAACCAAUGUACUCAUGUAAAGGAAUUAGAUCAAUUGACUGUGUCUGUCCUCUUUUGUUUGUUUAAUUACAUACUCUGCACAUUAGGCACAUGAUUUACUGUCAAAGACAUAGUAUUAAUGUUUGAAACACUGGUAGUGUGUUCUUUGUAAUGAUUGGCAGUAAGUAAUAGACUACCUGUAAAGCCAAAAUGCUGGAUGGGUAACAGGUGCCUGAGCCUAGUAAAAACUGUUAGGUUUUCAAAUGUCCUUUUCUUCAUUAGACAGUUUUCCGAUAUAAUCCAUUUUUUCCAAAACUGGCUGGUGAUAUGACCUCUUAAAAACUCAUUAACUAUCAUCCCAGACUUUACUUCACUUUAACAAUCUGGGUUCACUUUUGUACAUGUCUGUUGGAGAUGUUAUCAACAAGUAGUAUUUUGUUCCUUUAUUUUUUUUAUCUGUCAAAUCUUGUACAUUUCACAUGAGUAUUCAUAAAUCUUACGCAUAUAUAGUUCAUUCACUCAUGUACAUCUUUGUCUACCUCUACACCUACACUCUGCAAACCACCGUGAGGUGCAUGGCAGACGGCAUGUCCUAUUUUACCAGUUUUAGGGUUUAUUCCUUCCAUUCACGUAAGGUGUGUGGGAAGAAUGACUGUUUGAAUGCCUCUGUGGGUGCAGUAAUUAUUCUAAUCUUAUUCUCAUAAUUCCUGCAUGAGCGAUAUGUCAGGGACUGUAGUAUAUUCCAAAUCAUCAUUUAAAGCUGGUUUUCAGAAUUUUGUAAAUAGGCUUCCCUGGGAUAGUUUAUGUCUGUCUUCAAGAGUCUUCCAAUUUAGUUCCUUCAAUAUCUCAGUGACACUCACCCAUGGAUUAAACAAACCUGUCGCCAUUCAUGCUUUCCUUCUCUGUAUACAUUCUACGUCACCUGUAGUCCUAUUCGGUACAGCUUCCCCAUACUUAAGCAAAAUUCUAGAACCACUUGCAUGUGUGAUUUUCAAGCAAUCUCUUCUGUAGUAUGACUGCACUUCCCCAGUAUUCUACCAAUAAACCGAAGUCUACCACCUGCGUUACCUACGACUGAACCUGUGUGAUCAUUCCAUUUCAUAUCCCUACAAAGUGCUACACCCACAUAUUUGUAUGAGUUGGCUGAUUCCAACAAUGACUCAUUGAUAUUAUAGUCAUAGGAUAAUGCACAGUUUCAGUUAGUGAAGUGCACAAUUUCAUAUCUCUGAAAGUUUAAAGCAAGUUCCAAUCUUUGCACUACUUUGAAAUAUCAAAAUCUGACUGAAUAUUUAUGCAGCUUCUUUUGGAUAGUACUUCAUUACAAAUAACUACAUCAUCUGCAAAAAGCCAGACUUUACUAUUAAUACUGCCUGCAAGGUCAAUAAUACAUAACAUGAACAGCAAGGGUCCCAACACACUACCCAGGGCACAACCAAAGUUACUUGUCUAUCUGAUGAUGACUCUCCAUCCAAGAUAACAUACUGUGUCCUCCCUACCAAAAAGUAAUCGAUCCAGUCACAAAUUUUGCUUAAUACCCCAUAUGACCAUACUUUACACAAUAAGUGUGGGUGUGCUUUUCAGAAAUCAAGACUUACUGCAUCUACCUGACUCCCCGGAUCCAAAGCUUUCAGUGUGUCAUGUGAGAAAAGUGAGUUGGGUUUCAUAUGAUCAAUGUUUUCAGAAUACAUUCAGGUUGACAUUCAGGAGGUCAUUCUGUUCAGGAUAACUCAUUAUGUUUAAGCUUAGAAUAUGUUCUCAGAUAUGACAAACAGAGCAAGGGAAAGACGACUAUCUGUAUACCUCUGUAUGAGCCCUAGUUUCUCUCAUCCUGUCUUUAUGGUCCUAAUGCAAGCUGUACAUUGGCGGCAGUAGAAUCGGUCAACAUUUGGCCUCAAAUGUUCGUUCUCUGAAUUUCCUCAUUAAUUCCUUGCAAAAAUAGCUUUGUCUUUCCUUCAGGGAUUCCCAUUUGAGUUCAUGAAGCAUCUCCUUGAUAUUUUUGUGCUGAUCAAAUCUACUGACAAAUCUAGCAGCGUGCCUCUGAAUUGCAUCAACUUCUUCCUUUAAUCCUAACCAGGUGGCAAUCCCAAACACUACAGCAGUACUCAAGAAUGGGCUGCACAAACAUUCUAUACGUCAUCCCCUUUAUAGAUAAUCUACACUUUACUAAAACCUUCCCAAUAAAAUGAAGACAAGCAUUCACCUUUCGUAUUACCAACCUGCUGUGCUCAUUCCACUUUAUAUCACUUUCCAAUGCUAUGCAUAGAUAUUUCAUCGAUGUGACUGUGUCAAGUCACACACUAUUAAUGCUGUAUUCGAAUGUUGCAGUAUUGUUUUUCCCACUCACUGACAUUAACUUACAUUUUUCUACAUUCAGAGAAAGUGUCUAUUCACCACACCAACUAGAAAUUUUGUCUAAAUAACCUUGUAUCCUUCCACAGUUUGUCAUUAUUGACACCUGCCCAUACACCACAGCAUCAUUGGAGGUGAAGAAAAGUAAAUUGGUGUUUCAAACAACACAUGCCACAUGCUGCCCAUCUUCAGUUAAAGCUGCUUCUUCUUAAUCCUUUAAUGCUGUAAUCCAUCACUUCACGUGCCACUGAAAGCAACAAAGGCAGCCACAUGAGACACCAACGAAAACAUGCCCUCACUGUGAGGCAAAACAAAAUUUUUACACUACAUGGUGUUAUCAGUGUAAAGUCAUAAAAUAUAAUCUCUCCAAUCAAUGUUUCAGUUCCUUACAUCUUUUAUUAAUUUAUUUUCUGGUGUUUUUUAGUUGAGUAACAUAUAUAUACAGAUCUUCACUGAAGCAGCUAAUUCUGGCUGUAUUUCUCUUAAUUCUUCUGCUGUUUCUAGACUGAGUUUGAUAAUGAAUAACAUUAAAGGUACAGUGGAUAGCAAAUAUAAAACUGAAUUACAGUAGUGCCACAGGAAAAACAAUGACUCAACUGCCCACCACACAAUAUGGAACAGCAUUUACAGCAUUUAUUACUGUUGAAGAUAGCUGGAUGCCCCUUUUUAGCAUGGGGAUGUAGUAACAUCUAUUCAUUUUCAUUAAUACUUUGUUUUUGUGAAAAAUACUACCAUGCAAUAAUUUAAAAGUUAAAGCAUAACAGUCAACUUAAAUACAUUCUUCAACUCAGCCAGUGCUAGUCCUAACUCCAAAUCCAAAUAUGAAUAUGCACUUUAUUUUGUGUCUGACUGAUUGUCUGUCUGAUGACAUUACUUUAUACAUUGGUAUUUGCCUGUAUGGAUGAUUCCAUAUUGUGUGAGACUACACCUUGUGGCUGUAUCCAAUAGUGAAGGGUAACCAAUAGAUGUGAGGGCCUAGUGCAUCAAGCAAGCAAUGUGGUGCUGUGACAGCAUGACUCUAAGUUACUUAUUAGUCAAUCCAUUGUUAAAUUAGGAUGUGCACCAAUUUAUCAAUGACUUGGUGCAUCAUAACAAAAUAUGGGGGUCCCUCACAUGCUGCCAGUUCUAUAUGUAUGCAAAUCCUGUUGAUAAGAUAUUGAUUGAACCUGUUUAACAUGUAAAAAUAAGAAUGAAGUCAUAAAAAACAUACUAUGGAUAUACCUAAAGAAGUACUGAAAAUGAAAUGUUAUAGAAAUGGUCGUCAAACCGUAGAAUUAGAGAUAGGGAAUAUGAAUCUGCAAUCAGAUUUGGUCUAGGCAGCAUUAUAAUAAAGUAAACCACGUUUAGUA